GCAGAAUUGUUAGCUACAAAAGUCAAAAAUAUUAAAUAUAUAUUCAGAUUAAAAUCCAAUUAUAUGUUGGAUAAAACCAAGAGUUGGUACGCUACGUGAUCGUUUUAGUUAUAAUUUAAUCAUGAAAAGCGUCUCCUAAAAGUUAAACAAGGAAUUAUGAAAGAAUCAACGAUGUGUACACAUUUAUCUGGUGGACGAUUAAAUGUAGCGAUUAUUCAGGAAACUAUGAGAAAAGAGUUAUUAAAUCUCUUACAGCUAUGCGAAGGACCCAAAGUAACAAUAUGGGAUGAAUGGUUAGCUGGCCCAAUAGGCUUGGUAGCCCAAUACUCUUUGCUGAAAGAACAUGAAGUAGCUGACAUGUUUCCCCUUCGACCUGGCAGUUUACCUACAAUUUCAGUGAAACAUAUAAUAUUUAUUGCAAGACCAAAAAUAUUUCUAAUGGAUCUUGUUGCUGAUUAUAUUCUAUCACUAAGAACUAAACAAAAUGCACCUGUUGAAUUCCACCUAUUCUUUGUACCUCGUAGAAGUGAACUAUGUGAAAAGCAUUUAAAAAAUAGAGGAGUGUAUGCUAAUCUUACCAUACAAGAAUUUAUUUGUGAUAUCUUUCCAUUUGAUAGUGAUUUAAUGUCACUGGAACUGCAAAAUGAUUUCAGAGAAAAUUAUUUAGAGGGUGAUCCAACUUGUCUGUACAAUGCAGCUCAAGCACUAAGAACUAUUCAACAAAUAUAUGGUAUAGUGCCUCAUGUGUACGGAAAAGGACAAGCUGCCAAACAGGUUUGGGAUCUCUUUUGUCGACUUAAUAAAGAGGAACAAGGAUUAGGCCCAAAGGGUGCAACCACAUCGUGUAUAGAUCAGUUACUGCUGCUCGACAGAGGUAUAGACUUCACAAGUGUCAUGGCUACACAAUUGACAUAUGAAGGGCUUAUAGAUGAACUCUAUGGUAUAAAAAGCACGACAGCUACAUUUCCCGGACACAAAUUUGUGAGUGCUGACGAUACAAAUCCAGAAGUGACAGCCCGAGAGCGGAAACGUAUAAUUCUUAACAGUGGAGAGGAAUUAUUUACCGAGUUGAGGGACUGCAGUUUUACAACGGUAGGAACAGUUUUAUCAAGAAAAGCCAGAAUUAUAAAAACUCAGCUGGACGAGCGACAUAAUGACAAAUCGGUACAGGAGAUCAAGCAAUUUGUGUCACGACUUCCGCAAAUGUUGGCAAAUAAACAGUCGCUGGCAACACAUACGGCCAUUGCUGAAUAUAUCAAAGAGACAACAGAUUCAUUUGAUUUCCAUGACAAGAUCCAGUGUGAAGAGGACUUCUUGACGUGCGUGGAUAAUGAACGCAUUUGUCCGUUUAUUGAAGAUCUCAUCGCUCAGAAGGUGCCUUUGACUAAGGUUUUACGUCUAAUCUGUCUUCAAUGUGUUACCGGCUCGGGUUUGAAACCCAAAGUACUUGAGUAUUACAAAAGAGAAUUGGUCCAAGUUUAUGGACUAAAAACAUGGCUGACACUGUGUAACCUCGACAAAUGUGGGUUAUUAAAACCUCAGACUGGAUCCAGGCAGUAUUCGGUUUUGAGAAAGGCCCUACACCUGACAAUUGAAGAAUCGGAAUUGGACCCAAAAGACAAAAGUUUCUUAUCAAGCAAAUACGUUCCAUUAACUGUAAGACUGAGUGAACAUAUUGCCAAAAAUAAAGGAUGGGCCGGUAUUGUCGACGUGAUAGGAGCCCUCCCUGGACCGACCUUAGACCAACUACAAACUCUACAGCCUCGUAUGGUACGACGAAACUCCAUUUCCAGCGAAAAUUCGUCAGUUGACAACCCUAAAGUCGUCCUCGUAUUUUUUAUCGGAGGUUGCACCUUCCACGAGAUCUCGGCUCUGAGGUCAAUAAGUCAACAAGAAGAUUCCAAUGUCGAAUUUGUUAUUUUAACUACGAAACUAAUUAAUGGAAAUACUUUUAUUGAAUCCUUAAUGGAAUCUGAAUAAGACCAAAUAUUUAUAUAAAUGUUAUAUGUACUAUUUAAAUGUAUCCUCGUGUAAUUAAAACAUUUUAAAUAUCAAAA